AUAAUUUGUUGGCUCAGAUGUGUUGCUGCUGCACCAUGUGCUUCUCAGGGUCCCUGGGUCCUCCUGCAAUCAGCGUGUACCUUGCCUCUCACCUAAAUGACCCUGGAAAGUGACUGCCUUGGAAGAUGUUGCUGAAUGCAGAAUGGAUUUUCCUCCCUGCUCUUUGGGUGAAACUGGCUCAGGGAUUCUAGGCUGCAGGGGGGGAAGGGCUGUCGGGCCUGGACUGCAGUUGGACUUAGUGGCCAAGAGUUUUCUGGUUUUCAUUAAAAUUCUCUGGCUGUCUUUCAGGAUUGCUCACUGGAUAUGACUGUGCAUUGGAGGUGGUUGUGCUGUUUUCUUGGCUACACACACCCAGCAAAUCACAGUGGCCCUGAGGACAAGAGAAAAUUGAAGCUGUGUAAAUGAGUAUGGAAGAUUAUGAUUUCCUGUUUAAAAUUGUUUUAAUUGGCAAUGCUGGUGUGGGAAAGACUUGCCUAGUCCGACGAUUCACUCAGGGUCUUUUCCCCCCAGGACAAGGAGCCACGAUUGGAGUUGAUUUUAUGAUUAAGACGGUGGAGAUUAAUGGUGAAAAAGUCAAGCUUCAGAUCUGGGACACAGCAGGUCAAGAAAGAUUUCGGUCCAUUACCCAGAGUUAUUACCGAAGCGCCAAUGCCUUGAUCCUCACCUAUGACAUAACCUGUGAGGAAUCCUUCCGUUGCCUUCCUGAGUGGCUGCGGGAGAUAGAACAAUAUGCCAGCAACAAGGUCAUCACUGUGCUAGUGGGAAACAAGAUUGAUCUGGCUGAAAGGAGAGAGGUCUCCCAGCAGAGAGCUGAAGAAUUCUCAGAAGCUCAGGACAUGUAUUACCUGGAGACCUCAGCCAAGGAAUCAGAUAACGUGGAGAAACUAUUCCUUGACUUAGCAUGCCGCCUCAUCAGUGAAGCCAGGCAGAACACACUUGUGAACAGUGUAUCCUCGCCCUUACCCGGAGAAGGGAAAAGCAUCAGCUAUUUGACUUGUUGUAAUUUCAACUAAAGGCUGAGGCAAGGAGAAGUGAAAGGAAUCAGCAGCUGCCCCGAUGGGCCCCCAAAUUGCUGGGGGAGAUCUGGUGAUGACUAUGGCUCCCGCUCUCAGACCUUCUGACUCCUGUGGGAUCCAGGCUUACAAAGCAUGGCAGCCCAGAGGCUUUGUCCGCAGGCCAGCAUUAGCAGAACAUAUAAUGGUUUCACCCUUUUGCAGUCAGGAGUUGGAGCAAGGAGAAAAUUGCACUAGGCGCUCCAUGAUCUGCAAAGCAUGUUGCUUUUGUUCUUUUUUUUUUUUUUAAAAAGCAGGUAAAAGCGCAUUCCUGAACAGUCCAGGGGAAAAUGUACCGUAGGGAGAUCCCUCCUGCACGUCAGUGGGUGCAUGUGGGGGCUGUGCUUUAGGGCUUCUGGGGGCCCUGGCUUUCUUGUCUACCAGAUAAACCCAAACUGGGGAGGCCAAGUACUGCCUCUGGGGUGUGUGUCGAUGACUCUAAGGAGACGUUGAAAAGUGUUAUUUCUCUUGUCCACAGGCACUUUCAAGAACUUUGCGAUGUAAAAAUGAAAUGAAACCUUUUCCCAUGACCAACAGUAACCAUCAUUGGUUUAAUAAUAUAUAUAAGCUCCAUGACUCCUUUUGGUGCUAAUGAGUCCACUCUUUCACAGACCAAACAUUUUAGUACAUUGAUGUCCUUAAAUGUAUUACAUUGAAAUAAAAAAAAAAAAGGGAAGUCCAUGAAUCAACACUCUUUCUCAAAGUCUCAUUACUAUCUUUUCUGGGGUGGAUUUGUUGGAAAAUAAAAUACUUUUCCUUUCGUAUUCUUUCCCCUCUAAAUCUCUACUAUUUUCUUCUUCUAUUCUCUCAUCUGUCCAGCCCUUUAAGUAAAUGAAAAUGUUAGAAAAAUGAAAAAGAAAAAGGCUGGUGAUAUUCUAAUAUAAAAGACUCGCUCUAAGACAUCACGAGUAGUACGAGAAAACAGACCUGAUCUGACCCAAAUACUGUGGAUGAAUGGACUGUGAUGCAGAGUUCGAAGCAGAGCACAGUCCUUGAUAGCAGGUGACAUCUUUUACUUCCUGGUACUAUCCAUCUUGGACAGGCCAAGGCUUAGAAUUUUGUACAUGUUUUUGGUAUGACAAGUGACAAUAGCAACAGAUGAAAAGUCUCAUGAACCAUUUUUGUAUCUUCAGUAACCUUAGAAAAAUUCUGCUUGUGGAAGCAGGUGGAGCUGGCAUUUGUCACCUCCUUCAUGUAGUGAUGUUACUCUCAGACUCACGACCAUACAUUCUUUCCUAUUUCCUUUUCUUUUCCUUUCUCUCCUGUCUCCCCAUUCUUUCCUGUCUUUUCCUCCCUCCCUUUAAAUGCAUGUGUUACUGCAAAUCUCCAAUUCAGAUGGAGGUGUAUAUGCCUUUACUUAGCCAAUUUUAAAACAAGACUCGAAAUGGAAGAUGUGCUGCUGGAUACGUGUUACUAAUUUCUUUAGUGCCAUACUUUGAUGCCUUCCAAUUUGUUCACUGAUAUAAAUGCAAAUUGGGGAAAUAAUUAAACCUGUACGCUGUUGAUGCUGUUGGAUGUUUCUGUAGCUUGCCGCUUGGUAUCACUGAGGGAUGCAUAAUGGAAUAAGGGCAGGAUAUGCAGUUCUGUUGUUGUAGAUGGUGGCAAUCUCAGUCCUGAUACGUUGAUGUUUGAAAGCUGUUUAAUUUUAAAGAAAUGAGGCGCAUAAAGACACGAUAUCGAUAAAGCAUCUCCAGUGUUCCUCUAGCAGAUUUCAGAGUGACUCAUCUCUUGUAUACAGAUUAUACGUAUUGUAUAAGGGAUUGAUACUUUUGGUUGGCUUCACUGUGUUUGUUCUGAUCCUAUGGGUGAGAGAAAGAGAUCCUAGUAGUUUGAAUUGCUUUUAUUUUGAAUCUGUUUCUGCAGGAAAGAAAAAUCAUUUUAAUAAACACCAACCAAAAUCAUUUAUAAUAAUUGUUGCUUUUCCCUCCCUGUUUCUCCACUAAGCCAGCAGCUAUAAAAGU